UGGGGGGGGGGUUUGAAAAAAAAAUCUCAUACCUCUGUAGCCUCUCUUGUUUGGCAGCUUUCCAACUUCCUGUGUGAUGUCAUGGUUUAGAUUGGCUUCUUCGCUCUGCAGAGCUUCUGCUCUGAGCUCCUGGCAGCUGAGUCAAAAGGAAAGAGAAAAGCCGGCGUUGUUGGCGGUGGCUUUGCACAAGGAAGCAAAUUGCCAUUGGUCUGUGCCAGAGUGGCCUGGGAGGGGGGGGGUGCAAAAAAAAGGGGAGCAGGAGGGCGACCGAAAAGCAUUGUCAAGCAAAUCGGCAGAGCGAGCUUUUGCAAAGCGGUGUGCAAAUUGCAAGUCUGCGAAUAGGGGCCCCGAGGAGAGUUCAGCGAAGGUCUUUGAGUUUGUGCAUGAGACUUCCCCGAAAGGCACGUCACGCCUCAGCUGCACUUCUGGGAACUCAUGGACAGGAGAAAAGUAAAGAAAAAACCAAACUUAAAAAUCUCUGAUGAUGUCUUCAAACAACCAGUUUCCAACCCAACACCCCCUCGAGAUCUGGACUCCAAAGCUUGUAUUACAAUUGGAGACCGAAAUUUUGUGGUGGAAGCAGAUGACCUGGUGCCAAUCAAUGAACUGGGGCGAGGAGCGUACGGAGUGGUGGAGAGAGUCAGGCACACGCCCAGUGGAACCAUAAUGGCCGUGAAGAGAAUUCGUGCAACUGUGAACAGCCAAGAACAGAAGCGGUUGCUGAUGGACCUCGACAUUUCCAUGAGAACUGUUGACUGUUUUUAUACAGUCACCUUCUAUGGAGCCCUAUUUCGAGAGGGUGACGUGUGGAUAUGUAUGGAACUAAUGGAUACGUCAUUGGACAAAUUUUACAAAAAAGUGAUUGAGAAAGGAAAAACCAUCCCUGAAGACAUUCUGGGCAAAAUAGCAGUGUCUAUUGUAAAAGCAUUAGAACAUUUGCAUAGCAAGCUAUCAGUGAUUCACAGAGAUGUGAAACCUUCAAAUGUUCUGAUCAACAAAGAAGGACACGUGAAAAUGUGUGACUUUGGCAUCAGUGGAUAUCUGGUAGACUCUGUGGCGAAGACGAUGGAUGCAGGCUGCAAACCGUAUAUGGCUCCGGAGAGGAUAAACCCUGAUCUGAACCAGAAAGGAUAUAAUGUGAAGUCGGAUGUCUGGAGUUUAGGCAUCACUAUGAUUGAGCUAGCAAUCCUCCGGUUUCCCUAUGAGUCCUGGGGUACGCCGUUCCAGCAACUGAAGCAGGUUGUGGAAGAACCGUCUCCGCAGUUACCAGCAGACCGCUUCUCCAAGGAGUUUGUGGAUUUCACAGUACAGUGUUUAAAGAAGAACCCUAAAGAUCGAAUGAACUACAUUGACCUUAUGGAACAUUCCUUCUUCAAAUUACACGAUGCCAACGAAACAGACGUAAUCUCUUUUGUCAAAGAGGUUCUAGGAGAUGAGCCCAAUUGAGCUCUGAAGAUUUUAUGAAUCCAAUAUUAUUGUUUGUUCUCACUUCUCAUCCAUUGGGAUUUCUAUUUAAGACUGAAAUCUAGUUGCUAAUAGGAGACCGUUGGGUUUAUGGCUGUUUGUGCAAAUUCCUUUAUGCCGAUUUUUAGCCAGGAGGAAACCUCUUCUCUAGACUUCAGGUUUGGAUCGGUUUAAUUUGCACCCUGGAUGAGUCGUGACUUCAAAAUCCCAGGGUGAGAUUAAGUUCGUUGCAAGACCAGAGAGGCAAGAAAUGCUAUUUAAAAGCCAUUGCAAAGCUGGUUCAGUAAAAUAUAGUUGAGAAAACCUCCAAUGUAACGUCCAGCUCAUUUGUACCUGCUUGAGGGGAAGGGAAUAGAAAUGCAUUUUCUUGUAUUUUAAAAAAAUGUAAUUGUCUGGUAUCUGGCUGGCACACUUCAGUUAGCACUGAAGUUUUAGUCUCCAGCUGUAAUUACCAGAGGUUAUGUUGAUGUUUUUAUGGUGCUGUCUUGGAUGGUGUCUGGCUACUGCCUCUUUCUCAGCUCACGCCUAGUUUAAAGGUCUGAUCCGUGUUCCUCCUCCACUUCAGAAGAUCUUCUGGCUUCUCUCCAUUACUCCAGCAGUUGCUCUGAGAAUGCCAAACAGCACUAAACUCUGAUUCCACUCCUUCUCAGAUUAGAGUUGGCUGUCUGUAUAUAUUUAAGUGAAAGAGUCUUGAUUUGUAAAGAACAGAAAAAGAAUAAGUUACUAUUUUGAACAGACACAUAUGCUCUUGAUUGUAUUUAUCUUUUUUUUGCAUGGUUUAUCACAUCUCGAGUGUAAUUCUGAUAGGGCCUGAAGUGUGCCACUUCAAGUCUGCAAAGGGUCUAAAAGUAAAACCAGUUACUGUGACAACCAGCUAGGUUAUUAUAAAAGGUGCACAUUUUAAUGACUAUGGUAAGGUUCCUCAUUAAAUACAAGGAAAGAUCUCUCUGGCAUUAUGACCUGCAUGCUUCUGAGAUUCAAUAUAUUUCUCGGCUCUUCAAAGCUGGUACUCUCUGCUGGUCCUUUGCUAUUUUUUUCUGAUCUCGCAAAAACAGCUUCUCCCUCUAAACUGCUAAUUGUGUUUCAACAUUUUUCCUUUUUGAACUUUAAAUAAAUCUUGACCUAUAUCGGAAUUAUCUAGGCCAGAUCAAGAUCCUAUUUUUUAAAAAUAUUAAGUGUCAUAAUUUUUCCACCAAGUAAUUAAUUCGGAGGCAGUCUCGAUUGGGCUCCACUGACUGCACUGCAUUCAGUGGCUCUGAUUUCAUCCUUUUCGUUUGUAGAGUGUGGGUGGAGGAGAGAUGAAGAGAUUGCUAAAUGAAAGCUAGCUAGUUUCUUCUAUACACCAGGAAGGGGAGAGUCUGGGCUGGGAAAAGAUCACGUGAUACGGUACGCUGAGCUUCAAUAAGACGGGAGAAUGAGAGAAGAGUGGGAAAGACGCCCCUUUUAAAAUCUCCCUGACCUGCCAAAAUAAAAGCGGGCAAAUCAAAAUGAGUCGCAAUGCCUUUAAGUUAUCAAAAAAAAAUCAGGUUCCGCAAACCUGCCGAAGUAAUAUUGGGAGCUAAUGGGGGGGAGGAGAGGGAGGGGAGAGCUUGUGGAUUCCUACCUGAUCCACUGUCUCCGGUCCCAUUUCAUUGCAUCACGCUGGGUUACAUCUGGUCCCUGGUUUGAUUAAGUUUUUAUCCUGCUUUCAGGCCCUUGCAAAGUUCAUGAUUCUAUGCAUUUUGAGACCCACAUUGAGAAGCCAUUGUGCUGUCGUCGUGCUGAUUAUUUUCAUUUUGAAUACACAAAUGGUUGCGACACUUAACUGUACCGGUCAGUGCUAUAACCAUAUAUGCAAGUUAAUACAGAAUGACCUGAUAUAUAUAAUAUAUAUAAAAAAAACUCACAUCCCUAUUUUUAAGCAAAUUUUCUAAGAUGCAUCGGUGUAAAGUUGCACUGGGUGCAGAACUGUACUUAAUGAGGCCUUCAAAAUAUAUCAUUAGAUGUUGACUUUACCACAGUUUGUACUGUAAGCAUUAUGCAUACUAUUGGAAUACACUGAGUUAAACUGUAAAAAUACACUGCUUUAAAUGUACAGUUGAGCCUCUUUGAGCAGAAUAAGAUACUGUAAGAUCAUUUACGCUUUAAACAUCAGCUUAUAUAAAAAUAUUAAGUCUUGUUAUAUUUUUCCAACCGUUUAACCUCUAUAAGAUCACUUUUUAACCAAAUGAAUUCAAGGUUUCUCAGUACCCUGAGUGUUGAGUAUUUACGUUAUUGGCAGGGCUGAUAACCCAAAGUCUAACACGAGUAUCCUGGGUUCCUUGUUGCUCCUAAUAUGCUGAAAUGCUCACUUUGGGAACUGUGGCCCCAUUGUAGAUGUAAAUUGAUAGUGACUAGUGAUUUCUAUGUCAAAUCUCUGAUUCUAUUGGUUUUAACGUUAAUUGAUUCCGAAAUUACAGGCUCCUUAAUACAAUUGCUCUACAUUUCUGAAACGUACUUGAAAUUUCACCGGUGGUUGACACUUGUAUUACCUUUGACGCACACUGUAAAACAGACUGAUGUGUAAUGUACCUAUGUCCAGCUGUAUUCAGUUAGAGUUAUUCCCAUCAAUUUUUUAUUGUUUUAGACAAUUUUACCUGAUUUUUUUUCUUAAACUCCCAAGGUGAUGGACUACAGUAAUCUGCUAUUGUAUGUCGAAUUUGCAAUAUUUCUUAAAGGUUAUUCCUUAAUAGGGAAUGCAAUUGAAAUUCCUGGGAACUCUGCUCUGGAUGUGAAUCACAUGGAAGUGCAGUCCCUCUGGGCACAGAGUGACAUGUUUCUGGGAGAAGCCACACCCCCCCACACCCCCACCCCAUCAUCACCAUUUGCAGGAAUCAGAUUUCUUAUAUUAAAAAAAAUCUGGCGAUGAAAUGCUGCAAUUUAGGUACAUUUCCAAACUAGAAAUUUCACUUUGGGCCAUGGUUUUUAACCCUUAAAACUGCAUUAGUCGAGCGUUUUGGGUAUCUGCCUACUUCUGAAUUGUGAUUGCCACCCAUGGUCAGAAAAGUGGGUGGGUGUGUUCCUAUUGAAUCCAUGCUUCAUGCAUGCUGGGGCUGCUAUUUGCAGACUGUUUGUUCUGUUUCUGUGCCCAGUUACCUGAUACACUGGAUUCUUGGCCAAUGAGUAAGUACUGUGCCCUUUCUCUCCCUUGCCUCAAGCAACCUGAGACAGUAAUGGCGACUCAUGAGCAAAACAAAAAGAUUGACAAUUUUAUUGAAUGCAGUUCUUUGUUUCUGUGAUGAACAAUUAGGAAUUACAUUGUGCAAGUCUAAGUAAGGUGGCUGUGACACUCCUCUAGUUUAUUUAGAGGGGUGGGUGGAGAGAGGAGGUGGGGGGGUGACAGUGAGGGGCAGAAGUUAUUCAUUUACCUGCUGCACCCAACAGGUAGAUGGGCAGAUUCACUGCCCAGUGUUAAUUCCAUACUUGGAAAAUAUCCUGUAGUCUAAAAAAAAAUGUGAUUGGAGAUUCUCUUGAAUCAUCCUGGACUAUGGGGAAUGUAUUGCCUCUGCAAGUAUUAUACUGGAUCUUUGUAUUUGACUUGUAGCUGUGGAAUACGAUGGAAAGAUGGGGACGGAUUUUAAACCUAAAAUGGAUGUGGAGACUUUUAUCUCAAACAUUCAGCCAUCAGUUAGACAAAUUGCAUUGGUUAAGAAAAUGUACCACACACACAGUUUGUGUAGAUCUUGAAUCUGGGCUGGGUGGACAAUGGGGGUGGAGGGUUUAAAAAAAACAUUAAAGUAUUAUCAAAAUCAUGCAUUGAGUGGUGGAAUUAACAGUGUUGAAGAUGACUUGCCUUCACUCCCAGAUUUUUACAAAGUACUGAUUAACUCGCACAGAAACCUGUCUUUUUUUUUUAAAAAUGAAAGAAUGCUAUGCUAGUGAUGACUGGCGAUUGCCCAGGUUGAAGCAUUUCAGCGUCAUAAACCUGCUCAUAGAGAAAUGGUUCCUAAUUCGUUCAGGGAACCAAUUGCUCAGUAUAGGACCAGGGCCACAAACAAUGGGAUUGUUGGUUGGAAGCGAAGCUUUUGAGCUUCCUCCUUCGUCCAGACACUAGGUGGGCAGUUUGAUCACGAAAAAAGGUUAUUUCAUCUGAUCCAAAGCUUGCGAUAUGUUGUCCAUGUCGGGAAAGGGACUUGAGAAGUCCUUCUUUCAGAUGGUGAUAGAUCAUCAAUGCAUGAGGUGGGGGGGGGGGGGGGGGACUUUUUUGGGGGGAGUUGCAAAUCUGCACCUUCUGGCUGAGAUCAUCAAACUCCCGAAACUGUCUCCAUCACAAGCCGUUCUAAGGUUGUGCAGGAGAGAGUGGGCAGGGGGUUGUAUCUAGGAUUGUUUGGUGUUCAAGGGCAAACUGGAAGGAGCCCCUCUUGACAUCAAAAUGUACGUACAGAAGCCAGGGAAUAGUCAUUGAAUGCUGUGACCGUUUGUUCCUCUUUCCUUUUAUUUUCAGUCUCUACGCAUUCUCCAUGAUUAUAACAAACUCUAAUUCAGCUGGGUGUCUGACACAUCUUAGCUUCGUACAGGACAAACCAAACCCCUUAGAGUUUCACAGACAUUUGUGAAGAUUUCCACGUGUUUGGUGUGGAAUAUGCACUGUUCCCUGGAGGAACGUACCCUGCUUGCCCAAUACCAGAGAGUUUGGGUGCAGGUUGGCAAGAGUGUGCAUUCGGGAGUUUUAACUAAGCUUUAUACCGCAAGUAAUUCAAGAUUUGCUGGUGUUUUCAAUAAACCUUAUCAACUUCUCUUUUUUUUACUACCUGCACCCAUCCUAGGUGGGGCAGCGUGGGAGGGCGGAGGGACAAUUAAAGAUGUUAGAAAUAUUGGGAAAGUUUGGUUUUCUCAUAGGGGGAAAAAAAAGAUAUUCUGUGGAUCAAUAAAUUGAGGUGGCCUAGAGACCAGAACUAUCCCAUGUUUGGCCUAUGAUCAACCACAUGGGCAGUGGGGUCAGUAGCUGUUAGCUAACAUGAGUGGUGGCAAUCAUCAUAGUCCCCUCUGUGUGUUUGUAACACGGUCCCAUUGCUGUGUACAAAUAUUCUCAGACCUCCCUCCCCCUGCUUCCCCCCGUCAAAAAAAAGACGAGUAGCAAGUGAGCAGCUCACAGUUUGUGUGCGUGUCCUUGUAUUUUACUGGGCGAGUAGGGGUGGAGUUGACUUGUAGAAACCAAGACUCCACAAAGCCUAACCAGAGCUCCGCAAGUUAAUGCAGAGACGAGGAGAGGUGGUGAAAUCACUCGAAUGUGUCUCAGUCUGGCAGAGCAGAGGCCAGCCAUGUGUAUUAAACACUGAAUGCAUGUGAAGUACAAUAUCUUGAUUGGGAUAAUAAUAAUAAUAAUCCUUGCAUUUGAUAUAGCGCUCUUCACGUCGGGAGGACGUCCCAAAGCGCUUCACAGAACACACUGGGAUGGUGCCAUUUAUUUCAUCUUUUGUGUUUUUAAUUCAAUAUUGCAAUGUUUGACACUGUAACAGUUUUGUUUUUUUCCCCCCUGCUGACUCGCUGUCUUGCUGAGCAUGUGUUUAAUGUGAUUGGUGUACAAGUCUUGAGGUUUGGAGUGUGCCAGUUUUGGUGGCUGUUAAUUCCCAAUGCAGUUUUCCUUGUAUGUAUACAAAAAUAAAAAGGCAUUGUUUUUAUAAUGA